UUUGUUUUUAAAAUAGUAAUCUCAUUCCAGCUGUAUGUAGCUGAACACUCAAAAUAAAGAAGUUGAGAAUUGCUGGGUAUCAAAAAAUUACAUAGUUUAGCCAUCUAAAACCAUUUUUCACGCUUAAUUUCCAGCUCCUGAAUAUGGAUGAAUAAACGCUUUGAUUUGUUAUGAAUUAUUCAUAGUAAUGAGUUUGUGAACUUAAAAACUUAUUGCAAUUUAGAAAUGGAAUAAAUGUAGCUUAAAAUGUGUGCAAAAUUUUAUAACUAGAAUUUUUGAAGUCUGUAAGACUUGACUUGGGAGAAAAUACAUUGAGUGGUACAGUGAUUUGCAGAAGAUGGAAGAAUGGUCUUUUGGUUAAAUGCUGUUCUGAGGCUGUGGAUUCUGUCACUGAUUGUGCUGCAUAGUUUAUGUCCUUUUCAGUGUUGCUUACCAAAGUGGCAUUUGUUUGCCUACAGCAGGCAACUAAUGCCAUUUUAGAUCCCCAGCCUAACCUCUAGCUGGCACUCCAGAACAUAAUUAAUCCUGUAGAUCUUUUAGCAUAUUCUUCAAAUCUGUGAAGAUAUCUUGAGGCAUCAGGAACAUCUAAAAUAUGUCUUAUGGCUUACUGUUGGACACCUGAGUUACGUCUCAGUUUUGUCUUUUUUCUUUUCUAUUUUAUUUUCCCUCUAGGUGUAGAACAUGAAUCCAUAGUCUCCUUUUUCUAGAUGCCUAACUUGAUUUGAGUAAAUGCAGAGUAUGUGCAUUUGCAGUGGUACUCUGUGGUCACAGUGAAUCAUGCCUUUAUUCCUUUUCUGACUUCUCUGUGUGUGCCCUCUCAGUUUUGUUCCCAUGCCUGUUUCAGGGUAGUUCUUAGGUUGAGUGCAUUGUGAGCUGUUCUGAUGUAAUGAGUCUGACCAUUUUUAAAUACAAAUAGUAAAUUUCUAUGGAGGUAGUACUGAAAUGAUGAGUACUCUGUAAAAACCAUUAACAAACUGAUGACAUUCUCUCUAGAGCCGUGUUCAGGAAGAGAACCAUAAACAAGAUCCAGUAUAUGCAGGGGCUGAUGGCGAUUUGUCAAAACACACUGUUAUCUACUGAUCACUGUCCUUUGUAUAUAUUGACUGUGGAAAAACAUAUCUGUCUGUUCAACUCAUGUCCCUCUCACUGUCCAUAGCAUAUAGAAGGCUGAACUUCUUUAUCAUGCUGCCAUGUCUUCUCACUUUCCCUUUUCCAUAGGUCUCAUACAGAGAUACCAUUUACUUAUCUCACAGAGUUGUUUCUGAUAACAUAUGUAAAGAGUCUGGGAAUCCUUUGAUGGAAAUCAGCAGAGAAUUGAAAAACAUUUACUGUGUAUUAUUUGUUAGGCCAAUUUCUUUAAAGACAUCCCCAGACCAAAUUUCUGAAGUACAUAUUAAACCAAAGUGUCCAUGAUUUACCAGCAUUCCUUGAAGUAACCAGUUAAUCAUCUUCACACACAAGACAGCUAAACCUAAAGUAUGCUUUCUUUUCUGAAUGAUUAAGCCAGGCUUCCCAUAGCAUUUCACUGGCAAGUAAUCAUUCACUGGCAGUGACAAUCAACUGAGAACAAAGAGGAAAAUACAUGUAAUCUUGACACCGAAGCCAUAGAAACUGCUGUGAAAAAUAAUAAAAAAAUGGGAAGAGAAAAGAGCAGUGAUCCCAAAGAUGUGAAAAGAAAAGAAAAGACCAAGAUGCAACUCAAACGAAGAAUAGGUUAUUUUGAUGGGGUAAGUUUUAUUAUCGGCUCAAUAGUUGGGGCAGGGAUCUUUGUGUCUCCCACAGGGGUGUUAAAGCAUUCCCUGCUUAAUGUUGGUGUUGCAUUAACAAUCUGGACUGCUUCUGGACUAGUUUCUCUUAUGGGCUCCCUCUGCUAUGCAGAGCUGGGAACUGCUCUGCCUUUCUCUGGAGGGGAAUACAACCAUAUUAAAAGAGGCCUUGGAUCCAUACCUGCCUUUGUGUUCAUCUGGACAUCAACGUUUACCAAGCCAGCAUCAAACGCUGCCCGAGCCUUGCUAUUCGCUGAAUAUGCUACCCAGCCUUUCUAUGGCAUUUGCCCUGCACCAGAAGUGCUGAAGAAAUGCUUGGCUUUGGCUCUCCUAUGGUCACUGGGGAUUUUGAAUGGACGCAGUGUCAAAGUGGCUGCAUGGGUGCAGACGGUGUUCACCCUCCUGAAGAUGAUGGCAUUGUCUGUAAUUGCUGUCGGUGGCGUAGUUCUGCUUGUUGGUGGAAGGAAGGAGAACCUCGCCAGGUUUGAGGACAUGUUUGGCUCAGAGAUGCCCAACGCGUCACAGAUCGCUGAAGCCUUUUUCCAAGGACUGUAUGCCUAUGGUGGUUGGUGGUCCCUCAAUUAUAUGGCAGAGGAGAUGAAAAACCCUAGCAGAAACAUCCCUUUAACUGUGAUGACAGCUGUUCCCGCAGUAAUUGUGUUUUACUUACUGGUAAACAUCUCAUAUCUGACUGUCCUCACACCAAAGGAAAUUGUCUCCUCAGUUGCUGUGGCAGUAACUUGGGCUGAUCGAGUGAUCCCCUCUGUUGCCUGGAUCAUUCCUCUCUCCGUUGCUGUCUCGAUAUUUGGUGCCCUCAACAGCAGCGUGUUCACAUUGGGUCGAUUAAGCUAUGCUGGAAGUCAGUCAGGACAUUUACCUGUUUUAAUAUCCAUGCUUAACGUCCAUACUUGUACUCCAGCACCAGCCAUGAUUUUUUCAACCAUCAUUGCAUCCAUUUUUAUCAUCCCCUCUGACCUUAUUAUGUUAACAAAUUACUUUGGAUUUUCUGCCUGGCUUAUGAUUGGAUUGACUUGUGCAAGCCUGAUUGUACUUCGAUACCGAGAACCUAACCUACAUCGACCAUACAAAGUGUUUCUACCAGUUCCAUUUCUGAUGGUGGCCAUGUCAUUCUUCUUAGUUUUGGCUCCUAUUGUCUGGUCUCCAAAUAUGCAAUAUUUGUAUGCUUUUUUCUUUAUGCUGGGGAGUCUUAUUGUUUAUUUUCCUUUUGUACAUUUCAAAUUGCAUUUUGCAUUUUUGGAUAAAAUUACUUGCUACUUGCAGCUACUGCUGGAAGUUUCUCCUGCUGAAGGUUCUGAUGAGACUAAAUAUGAAUAAUGGCAACUAUUUAAUCCCAGUGCAACUGACAGCCAAUAGGAGAUUUUCUUUAACUAAAAUUGUAGGUCAAGAAUUGGAUGUUGCAUGUCAUAUAUAGGAAUAAGUACUUGCAUAUGCAUAUACAAAUAUGUAUGUACAAAUAUCUGUGUAUACAUAUAUGAAUAUGUAUAUAGAGACAUUUAGUUUCAGGACUGUGUGUAUAAGUAAAUGUUAGUAUGCAUACAUAUACAUAGAUGUAUAUAUUUAAUAGAUGCACAUAGUCUCCUUUAAAUUGGUGAGAUCCAUAAAAUGAUCCCUCUUGCUCCCGAAGGCACCAUUGAAGCUGCAUAUAUAAUUGAAACAACAGAAAUAAAACUAAAUUACGGAACCAAUAGUUACCAAUAUUAUCAUAAAUAAGUACAUAUGUACUUGUCAGCAUCAUUUAAUAAUGCACAUUUAGACUCCAAAGUAAGUUGGCUAGAUUAUUUCUAGUUCUUAAUAGUCUGUUUAUUAGAAUUUAUGGUUUUAAAGGCCUUAAACUUCUAUACAUCUGCUAACUUUUUUUUUUUUUGGUCUGAAUUUAUUUUUAAUAAAAAGGCUUUGAAGAACAUUGUAAAAUUAUCUGAGAAUUCUUUUUUAAUCCUAAGAAAACUGUACCUGAUCAGCCUUGGCUAUUUUAGACCAACACAUAGAAAUAUGGGGUGAAAUCUUAGUAGGCAUCAAAUAAAUCAAUAAGAACUAUUAAUCCUGUUUGUCACACCAAUAAAAUUCAAUAUCUAGAGCAAUGUACUAAAUUGUGAAGUCUAACUAAGCGUUUAUAUCCUUUUAUUCCUUAUUUUUCUGAGUUACUGAUACAAGAGAGAAUUUCUGUUCUCAAUCCAUCUCCCUUCCACUUUUUAAAAUGAAAUUAAGAUAAAUUGUUGACCUUUUGUUUUAAGAACCAAGCUGCAUUAAGCCCACUGAGCAUUUAAUCUUAAAGCCUAAGAGCCAGUACACAGGAAAUAUCAGAUACUUCAGGGCUAAUCUAUUAACACACUCUGUAAUUUUCAUAAUUAUGACAGAAUUAUGUGGUUAAAUGUUGUUGGUUUUUUUUACAUGUUCGUAUAAUGCUCACCAGUACAACCAGUAGAUGGCUCCAGACCAACAUCUCUCUUAGACCAGGAUAUUCUGGGUCACUGGAUGUUGUGUUAGUGAGAGGAAAAAGAUUUACAGAGCUUUUUAUUGUUGUAAAAUAGAAAAAUCCUUGCUAAAAGAUUUAAUUCUUCAAUUUAGAGGUCUGAAUUAUAGCUUGGAUCUUCAGACAGAGCUACGCAAAGUACCGGGUACCACCAAUAAGGCUGGGAGCCAUCUGCAGACUAAGGAGGAUUUGAUGCUGUACAGGCAGAGUGCCCGUAAUGUAAACAAGUGCAAGAAGCAAUUGGCUGUUCUUAUGGGUGAUGAGGUACACAGAAUGGAAACCUGAAGUAAAUUGUAGAUCUUUUAAAAUGCUGUUAAACAGAAGCCCAUGCAAGAGAGUAGUGAAUACAGCUGAGAUGCAUCCUGCUGAAAGCAAGAGAGGAAUCAAUGUUUAAUUUCACUGAAUGAAGCCAUCAGAAAAGCAUUCAUCUUGCUAUUUUAAUUAAAAAAAAAUAAUCACAAGGCUAAAGAAAAUUUUCUGGAGUUAUUGUUGUAAGAACUGAAUUCUAGCAUGGAUGAAAAGAAAGGGAAAAUUUUACUGUGACUAAAGAACUGAGUAUGGAUUUGUAAAGCCAGGUGUGGUGCCUGGCAGUGCCAUUGAUUUUCAGCUGACCUUAGUCAGCUAUUUAAACUUAUGUUUUAAUUUGUAACUGAAAAUGAAAGUCAUAUGGAAAAAAAAUGUGAUUGGUACAAUAAAAUAGCUAUUGGAAAGGGUCUAGAUGAGGGCCACAAAGAUGAUCAGUGGGCUGGAGC